AUGAAGUGUCAUUACGAAAUUCUCAAUGUUCCUCGAGACGCCGAGCUGCCAGAAAUUAAAACUGCGUACAGAAAGGCCGCUCUGAAGUGGCACCCCGACAAAAACCUCAACGACACUGAGUUUGCUAAAGAGCAGUUCCAGAUGGUACAGCAGGCUUACGACGUGCUCAGCGAUCCCCAAGAGCGGGCUUGGUACGACAAGCACCGCGAGCAAAUUUUGCGCGGCUCCAAUUCCGAGUUUCAAGACAACUGUCUUGACCUGUUCCAGUAUUUCACCACUACGUGUUUCAGAGGGUAUGGGGAUGAUGAAAAAGGCUUUUACACGGUUUAUCGCAAUGUGUUUGACCAAAUCAUCAAGGAGGAUCUUGAGUUUAUUGACGACAAGGAAGAGUUCUGUGACAUACCAAGGUUUGGUGAUUCAAAGAGUGACUACGAUGAAGUUGUCGGUCCGUUUUACUCCUACUGGUCGAGUUAUUGCACUAAGAAAAGCUACGUUUGGCUGGAUCCGUACAAUAUUAACGAAACGCGUGAUAGAAGGGUAUUGAAAGUAAUAGAGAAAGAAAAUAAAAAAGUUAGACAGAAAGCCAAGAAAGAAAGGAAUGAUGAAAUCAGAAAUCUUGUUGCUUUUGUGAGGAAAAGGGACAAACGGGUUCAAGAACACACUAAGCUUUUGGAGGCCAAAAUAUUGGAGAAUCGUCAGAAACAGGAAGAGUUGAGUAAGCAAAAAAGACUUGAGAGGAAAAAACAGUUGAAUGAAUCGACUCAAGCCGAAUGGUCCAAAUUUGAUAACGUAAAAUCUGACAAUGCUGAUUCAAUACUCAAAUGCGCCACCCCAAGGCCCUACAGCGCGAUCCCGGGCCCUAAAGAGCUGCCCUUAAUCGGCAACGCCUGGCGUUUUGCGCCCAUCAUAGGCCAGUACAAAAUCCAGGAACUGGAUAAAGUUAUGUGGUCCCUGAACCGGGACUACGGCCGGAUUGUCAAAGUCGGGGGGCUGAUAGGGCACCCUGACCUUCUGUUUGUGUUCAAUGGAGAUGACAUCGAGAAGGUGUUCCGCAUGGAGGAGGCCAUGCCCCACAGGCCCUCCAUGCCCUCGCUGCACUACUACAAGCAAAUUUUGAAAAAGGAUUUUUUCGACGGCAACGCUGGAGUGAUCGGGGUACAUGGCCCCAAGUGGGAGGAGUUCCGGAAGAAGGUCCAGCACGCGCUGCUUCCGCCCCAAAUUGCCAAAAAGUACAUCGAGCCGCUGGACGUAAUUGCCGGCGAUUUUCUUCACAGAAUGGAAGAUAUGUUGGAUGAAAACCAGGAACUGCCCAACCACUUCUUGUCCGAAAUUUACAAAUGGGCCUUGGAAUCUGUGGCUAGAGUCUCUUUGGACACUAGACUUGGCUGUCUAGAACCGAACCUGUCCCAAAAUUCCGAAUCACAGCGAAUUAUCAAUUCCAUAAACACCUUCUUCUGGAACGUGGCAGAAGUAGAACUGAAAAUGCCCGUUUGGAGGGUUUACAAAAACAGAAGUUUCAAAAAAUACAUCGGUGCUUUGGAAGACUUCCGGACAUUGUGUUUGAAACACAUUCAUAAGUCGAUGGAAAAAAUGCAAGAGAAAAAUUUUGACGAAAUUAAAGAGGAAAAUAUCUCGAUUGUCGAAAGGAUAUUGUUGAAGACAGACAACCCCAAGUUGGCUGCCGUUUUAGCCUUGGAUUUGUUACUAGUGGGGGUUGACACAACAUCAAUCGCUGCGGCGUCCACAAUUUACCAAUUAUCCCAAAAUCCCGAAAAACAACAAAAACUAUUCGACGAACUGCAACAAGUUUUGCCCGAAAAUGACUCAAAAAUUGACGUCUCGAUUCAGGACAAAAUGCCCUAUCUUAAAGCCUGCAUUAAAGAAACACUAAGAAUGUACCCCGUCAUAAUAGGGAAUGGGCGAAGCCUGCAGACUGACACAGUCAUCGCUGGAUACAAAGUUCCAAAAGGGACUCAUGUCAUUUUCCCGCAUUUGGUUGUAAGCAACAGCGAGGACUAUUUCCACGAACCCCAUCGUUUUCUGCCAGAGAGGUGGCUAAAGACUGAAAAUGCCUGUCCUAUGCAUAAAAAAAUUCACCCUUUUGUGACUCUGCCCUUCGGUUAUGGACGCAGAUCUUGCCUAGGAAGACGAUUUGCGGAAGCAGAGUUACAAAUUUUGCUGGCAAAGAUUUUCAGAAAAUACAAAGUGGAAUACAAUUACGGCCCUCUUUCUUACAAAAUAACGCCUACGUAUGUACCUGAACAACCGCUGAAGUUUAAGCUAGUGAAGCGUGAAUAAGAGCUUAAUUAUUGUUUAUUGUUAAACGACUUAAGUAUUAUAGUGUUGUGAUGUUUUUAUAGAAAUAAUAAAUCUCAAUAUAACCAUCAA